AUGCAUAUCACGGUUAGCAAUGAAGCAACUGGUGACCUUCUAGGGCCCUUUGAAUUGAGUGAUGAUAUGAAGUUAAUGGAUUUUAUGGCUCUGAUCGACUUUCAGGAACAUAAUCACAUAUUAUGGCAUAACAUGAAACAACUGGGCGUCAAUCAAAAACAGAAGACAUUAAAGGAAUUGGGAUUAACAGAUAACGAUUUAGUACUUCUAAGAACAAGGGACCCCGCUGCACAAAGUAGUGGUGGUGAGUUUCAAGAAAACAGAAAUGUUUCUGACGAGGAAUAUAUAGAUAGUUUUCGGAGAUCUUUGCAAAACAAUGCUUCUCUUAGAGCUAAUAUCCCUAUUCCUGGAAUAGAUCUGCUAGUUGAGGAUGCUCAAUUGUUUAAACAACUUUUAGGACCAGCGUUGUUACAAAGACGUACUCAAGUCCAGGCACAGAAUCCUUUUGGUAUUUCCCAAGAAGAAUAUAGCAGGUUGAUGAGUAAUCCAGAUGAUCCAGAGAAUCAAAGUCGUAUUAGUGAGUUAAUUGCUCAACAAGAAAUUGAUGAACAGUUGAGAAGUGCUAUGGAAUACACUCCGGAGGUUUUUACGUCGGUUCACAUGUUAUAUAUAAAUUUAGAAAUCAAUGACCAUCCUGUAAAAGCAUUCGUCGAUUCGGGAGCGCAAUCAACUAUAAUGUCAACUGGGCUUGCGGAGAAAACCGGUUUAACUCGUCUUAUUGAUAAGAGAUUCCGAGGGGUGGCCAUGGGGGUAGGGAAACGUGAGAUUAUUGGUAAAAUCCACACUACUCAAAUUAAAAUUGAAUCUCAAUUUAUUCCUUGUAGCUUUACCGUAUUGGACACCAAUGUAGAUAUGUUACUUGGUUUGGACAUGCUGAAAAGAUACCAGGCCUGUAUUGAUCUAAAGAAUAAUGUCUUGAGGAUCGCUGAGGUCGAAGCACCAUUUUUAUCAGAGUCAGAAAUCCCAAAAGAAUUUGAAGCACAGGUAAAAAAGCAACUUGAUCCAACCAUUCCGAAACCAAUGUCAGCUCCUUCUGGAUACCCUCAAAUUGAGCAAGUACCUGAAAGUUCAGGAGUGGCAACUACAAAUUCACGAAAUUAUCCUGAAGCUGUCGUCAAAAGAUUAAUUGACUUAGGUUUUCAAAAGGAAGAAGUAAUUCGCGCAUUGGAUCAGGCGAAUGGUAAUGCUGAUUAUGCGGCAGCAAUCUUAUUUCAGUGA